AGACAGGGCCUGAGGAGGACACGUGGCCUUAUAAGUUGGGGCCAGUGAACAGGGGGGUGUCCGGAAACCAGACACAAACAAAGCUUUGGGAGACGACAGAGAGACAGCAAGGGAAAGUCAAGUAUGACGGCCACCUUCCCGCAAGCAGCCAGCCCUGCGCAGCAGCCCCUGGGCCCGGAGGAUGAAGACUUCAGCCUGGAUGAGUACGACCUCUAUGGCCUGGCUCCUUCUUACCUGGGAGCGGGAGGCCGGAAAGGUCGCAGCAAGAGAGAGGCUGCUGCCAACACCAACCGCCCCAGCCCCGGCGGCCACGAGAGGAAGCUGGUGACCAAGCUUCAGAACACGGAGCGGAAAAAACGAGGGGCACGGUCUUGAGGCAGAGCUGGAGAUGAGGCCAGAGCACGGACACCACACAGCGAUGGAGACAGGACUUCGGAGAAUCGGCACCUGGGGGAGGGAUGCAGGACUGCUUGCCCUCCCACUCCACCCCAGGACUUACCCCACCUGACUGAGGCUCUGAGGGGCCACACAGGAAGCACCCCCAGCCCCAGGAAAAGGACAAGCUAGGGGUGGGGAGCAAGAGGCAGGGAAUGGAGACGCAGAGUCAAGAAAGGUAACCCCCCACCCCCCAAAGGAAAGACCUCCAAAGAAACUGGAACCUCCUAAGGGCGGAAAGGACAAUAAACAAAAUUCAGCAGUU